AUGUCAAAUUCAUUUAUUUCUGCUGGCUCUUCUUUGUCAGCCUCAGCGGGUAAGAGUACUCGUGUCAGCCACCAAGCCGUUUCAAACUGGAAUGGAUUUUCGUCUCUCUUCUCGAAAGAAAAGAUUAUUUUGAAUUUCAAAUCUCGACAUAUUUGGCAUUCCUUUCUUGAUGUUUACAAAUAUAGCGCUCCGCCUACCAUUCAAGAAGCGAAGCGAAGAAUCGAACUAAACGCGUCCGCAUAUUACCUUCAAUAUUCUCUCAUAGCUGCUCUUAUUCUUAUCCUUACAGUUCUUUCAAAUGGAUGGAGAUCAAUUUUUGUUUUUUCGUUUAUCAUUUUUGGCAUUCUUGGUAUUUUGUAUAGCUGGCCUCGCCGUACACAUGCCCUGAUUCUCCCAACUCCCUUUGACGGGAUACAAGUUUCGUGGCAUGCUGCCAUUUCGCUAUGGGCGUUUAUUUCUCUACUUUCAAUACUUUCCACCGGCAUCUGGAUCGUCUUUCCGAUAGCACUUGGAUUUUCUACAUUCAUCAUUGGGAUCCACGGCAUUUUCCACUCUUACGAGCCCAAUUUAGAUGUGGAUGCUCCGGAUGGAAUUGUGUAA